AUGGCAACCUCCGAAAACGUCACCCUCUCCGACCUCCACAGCCCAAAAGAAGCCUCCAUCACCGCCUUCACAACCGUCCUGCCUGCCCUCAAGCAUAAACUCAUCUACAUUCGCCACCAGCACGAUAAGCACGAACCAGAGUACUUCCGCGCCGUCUCCUCCCUCUCCGACAACGACCUCACCUCAUUCACUAUCUCGGACCUCGAAGCGGUCCGCGUCGGCUCCAGCGCCUACGGCCUGCACCUCUUCGGCAAGGUAGGGCUCCCCGCCGCGCCGGGCUCGUACAUCCAUGUGAGGGUGUUCGUGGCCGCCGAGGAAGGAACGGAUGGUGCGAGUGAGGAGGAUCGCGUGGCAAAGCUUCAUUGCAUUCAUACCGAGGAGGUGGUGAAGGAGGAUGGAGACCAUGUGUAUCGUGCGAUCUUCAAGAAGGACGAUCCCUUGGAGUGGUUCGAUACUUAG